AUGGCCCCUCCUCCUGGCGGCGCACUCACCCUCACCGCACCCGCACAGCCAGCGACGCCCGUCUCGCGCCGCUUCCCACUCUCGCGCUACGCAGGACAGCGCCCCGACUACGCCUUCCCGCCGCGCGAGAAGCGCUCGCCCUUCCCUCCCUCCUCGUGCGACGGACUCCAGUCGCCCUCGACCCACCUCCCUCACUCGCUCGCCACGCUCAAUAGGAGUACACAGGACGACUCAUCGAGUGGAGGCACUCCGGACGCGAGCUUCUCGAGUUGCGACACGGGCAUGAGCGAGCACGACGGCAUCCUCACGCCUCCGACGCCGCCGUCCUCGCUUCGAGCCGGCAUGGACCCCUUCGCCUCGCCCUCCUUGUACAUCAACGACGUCAAGGAGGACCAGGCGAUCCCGUCUGCCGGCCACGAGCCGGUCGUCAAGCCCUCCGACCAGGUCCUCCGCGACACGACCAACUCGUUCUUCCCCUCGUUCGGCGACUUUCUCGCCUCGCGUCAGGCUACCGAGGACGAGAGGGCUGGGCUGCGCGUCUGGGUCGACGGGGGAAAGGAUGGCGAGUUAAUCGGCGAACUCGAGGACGACGUCGGCAGGCUCGACCUUCGCAAGUCUGAGGACAAGUCUGCUGGCGCUGCCUCGAACUUCCGCCCGUUCUCGCCCUUCGAGCACAAGAGGGAGGACUCGUUCACCUUCCACCCCUCGCCGGCGUUCCGCGUCGACUCGCCCGCGCCGAACCCGCCUUCAUCCUCGCUUCUUCUUCGUUCGCCUGAGCCGAAGCGCCGCUACCAUCUUCCGACUCCCGUCCUCACUGGCACCCCGGAGUUGCCGCACAAUGGAGCCGAGUCACCUCUCGCGCACUACUACCUCCCGCCAUUCCCGGCCACGCCGCCCAUCACGCCCGUUCACUCGGCUACGCCCCACCCGCCGCCCAAGUCGCACACGGCCCCUCUUCAUCCCCAGUUCCUCGCCGCUUCGGCUCAACGCGCGAGGACCGUCGCGCCGCCCGGAGCGGUCCCCUUCUGCCACCCUCCUCCCCCACCGCCAGCUUCGGUCGUCGCUUUCUCCGUCUCGUCCGGCCCUUCCGCCGCCGCAGACGCCUUCUCGUCCGAGUACCCGCUCAGCGAGUCCGACACGGCCAAGAUUGCCAACUUGCACAACGGCCGCAUCCCAACUCUCCAGCAACUCGCGCCGCCCGACCAUGUCUUUGCUGCUGCUGCACAGCAGCCCAUCGUCAACACGGGCAACGUCGGUCCGAUGGUCGUCCAGGCAGGUGACUGGAGGCGCAAGAUCUGCCUCAAGUGCUUCCCCUACGCCAACGACAUCGGCCACGUCCUCACGAUCCAGUCCCAGCGCGCCGCCUACCUCGCCGCUCCGACUCCCGCUUCGCACCCUGGCUCGACCUCGUCCGCCUCGCCCGCUCCGUCGAUGCAGGCGUCGUACAGGAGCCCGUACGUGUCGGGCGGCGGAGCUGGCGGCGAGGUCCCGACGGCCGACUUGGCCACUCUCGCGAGGACGCCCAACUUCGUUCCGUCCGCGCCUGCCUUCGCGCCUUCGGCCCCGUACACUCCGCACAGCAUGUCGCAGCACUACCCGAGGCCCCGCACGGUUCCCGCGCUGGACGCCUACUUCGCCCCGCCGCCUGCCUUCGUCCCGACUCACGCUCCCGCGGCGCCCGUCUCGCACUUCUCGAGCGACUCGUCCGGCCCCGUCAGGCACUCGCCCUACACGGACCCCUACCUUUCGAAGAAGCCCGAGCCAGCUCCACUCCCGCCCAUCAUCUGGAGCACCUCGCUUUCGGCGCACGCUCGUCCGCCGUCGUUCUCCUCCUCGUCCGCCGCUUCGGGGCAAAAGAGCCGCACGCCCAGCGCUACGAGUGCCGGAGAACUCGCUGCGCAGAAGAAGAAGCGCGAGAAGGAGAAUGAGCGCGCCAGGGCUGGUAAGGCGGUCAGGAACGCGUUGCAGGCUAGGGUUGGAGCGAGCGGAAUGUGCUUCGCCGUGAAUGGUGUUGCGAGCGGAGGAGGAAGGAAGCCGUGGGAGCAGGCGGAGUACUGA